CAUUGUCCCAAAGUACUACUAGUGUUCUCUUAUACAAAUUCCUCUAUUGACCAUAAAAAAAAUUAUUUUUUCUUAAUUCCAGCAUGUCUGCUUUUGGAAAAUUGGUUGUAAUUAUGGCUAUGAUAGCCAUUAGCUUAGACAAAGCUUCUGCUGGAGAUCCAGACAUGCUUCAAGAUGUUUGUGUUGCUGAUCUUACCAACAGUUUAACCGUAAAUGGUUAUUUUUGCAAGAAGAACUUUUCAGAAAUAGACUUUUCAUCAAUGGCCAUAGCUAAGGCAGGAGCAACCAACAACACAUUUGGUUCUGUAGUCACAGGUGCAAAUGUCAUGAAAGUCCCUGGCCUUAACACACUUGGUGUGUCGAUGGCUCGUAUCGACUAUGCCCCUGGUGGAAUUAACCCACCUCACACACACCCUCGUGCCACUGAAAUGAUCUUUGUUUUAGAGGGUGAAUUAGACGUUGGCUUUAUUACAACAUCUAAUGUUUUGAUUACAAAACAUAUUGUAAAAGGUGAAGUGUUUGCUUUCCCUAGAGGACUUGUACAUUUCCAGCAGAACAAUGGGGAUGUUCCGGCAGCUGUCAUCGCGGGCUUCAACAGCCAGUUGCCGGGGACUCAAUCGAUUGCUACAACGUUGUUCGCUUCAUCACCAACUGUUCCUGAUCAUGUCUUGACUAAAACAUUCCAAGUUGGUACUAAGGAAGUCCAGAAAAUUAAGUCAAGGCUGGCACCUAAAAAGUAAAUGUUUCGUUAAUUAAUUGUUCUUUGUGACAAUAAUUUACUUUUGGUGAGGUUGUUAAUUGACAAAGAUUUGUGUGUUCAUAUA